AUGGUUUGCCGAUCCUACUCCGCUCGGGAGAUGUUGCGUCUGCGACACGCUCCUCUGCAGGAGGAGGUAUCAUACGUCCUGGCCGCCAAGGUUGAGGCGGACCCCGAUUUGAGCGAAAUCAUCCGCACUGGAUCGCCCCGUCCCCUCUCCCUGAUUGUCGAGGAAAGUUCAGCCGAAUCCAUCGAGGAGGAGCGCCGAUACCGUCGAGCCGCCGCUCAGCAGCUCGAUGGUACCGACUCGGAGCGCAAAUUCCGUAAUCAGACUGAUUCGGAGCAAGGACGAGCACCUCUGACGGCACCAUCGGACCUGGCAGCCCAAAAAGCAGAGGGUUUCCAAAAGUUCUUCAAUUCAGUCGUUUCGCCCACCCACGUCCGGGUUACGGCUGGAGGUCGGAUCGUGCCCAACACGCGGGGACCACAUUCCCCUACGUCGAAAUGGACCCGAGAGCGCAGUCCAGUUGAUGGCAUGCGUCAACCCCGUGUUGUCAACGGUGUUCAUCCUGAGCCCAUCCCUUUCCCAGUCAUCCCUCCUGGUUGGACUCCGUUUCAACCUCUGUUCCCCGGUCAAGCUCCUGGUCCUGUCCCUCCUGGCAUGGCUUUCAGGCCCGACCAGAUCCCUUUCUUUCCCGCUCCGAUUGGAUUCGCAGGUGUCCCGUACAAUCAGAUCUCUCCCCCUAAUCAUGUUCCCCAACCCAACAUGAGCGCUACGUUUGGCAAGCCGAAUGAGGUUCAUGCGCUUCAUCAACCCAAGCCAAUUCAGCUUUCCCCCGCGGAGCAAUUUGACGCAAGCCGACCAUUCUUCUACAACAAUCAGUGGAUGAUUGCCUAUGGAAACCAUCCGCAGCCUAUCGGCCUGAUGCCUCCCUUUCCCAUUAACACGGCGCCAAUUCCCGCGCAGUCUCAGCCAGCUCCCACGCAGCCCCGGUCGGCUCGCGAACGGUCUCAGCAAGCACCUCGCCCAAAGGGUGAUGCCAAUCCAAAAACUACGGGACGUGAGCGAGAUAGAGGACCCGCUCGAUAUGGUGUCGACAAGAGAGUCUGGAAAUACUUGCCUUCUGUCACCAGCGUUCACUCCAGCACCGUGCCUCCCUUGUCUCCGAGCUCGCCAAGCCCUCCUAAGAGCUCAAUCCUUGCCAGCGACAUCACAAAGAGCCAUCUUAAGAUUCUUCGUGCCAAGAAGAGACAGGUCGAAGAUCAGCUCCAAUACAACAUUCACCAGAUCGACCGCAAGGAAAUGGAAUCGAGUUUGAAGGAGAUUUGUGAUGAGCUUAACAGAUUCACGUUCCUGCAUGAAAAGCAGCUCCAGGGGGAGGCUGGAACACUGCCGCUCUUUCAGACUCCGAUUGACCUUCCUGCCUACUAUUCUCAGACCGAUGCCGGAUCCAACAGCCCAGCUGCAGCCCGUCCUGGAACACGAGGGGGGACCGAUAACCGACCUGCUUCUUCACGCAGCCCCGGUUCCAAGCCGGGUGCCACGACUACUUCUGUUGAAAAUCCUGAGCUUGGUGGCCAGGCUCCACAGAGGAAAUCGUCGAGCCUUCCUGUCAAUGCUGCUCUGGCACCGCCUUUCCAACCACGGGCGGAGACGAGCAACUCUUCACUAGCGACUGCUGGUCCUGACGAGCCAGCUCUUGUGACUCACUUGCCUCAGCCAUCUCGUGGCUCGACUUUCAAGGGCUAUUUCCACCCAUUCGUUGACAGAAACAUCUUCGGUAUCCCCUACCUGGUCGGCCAACUUCCUGAUCAUAUUGGGGUUGAAGAUGCCAAAGACACUGACCGCAGGUACAUUCGUGAAUUGAAUGAACACGAGUUGCAUGCCAUCCACAUGUAUCGGCAGAGGGUCCCCAUUGAUCAGCAAACCGGUGUCGUAUUUGAUGGCGUGAACUUCUACUAUCCGCGCCACGAUCUCGGAACCGCCUCGAGCCAGAGUUCUCCUGAGAACCUCCAGGAUUCACAACCUCCUGCAUCCACUUGUGAGAACGACUCUUUGAACGAUCCUUUCAACGCCAUGGCUCAAGCUGGUACGGGUGCUAUUCGGAACCGACUUGAUGAAGCAACUCGCUCUGAGUCGCUGCACCGAGCCGAAGAUUCCCUCCGUGGCAGCUCCACCUCUGAGCUUCCUCGUUCAGAAUCCUACGUCAGUCAACCCAGCCCUCGAUAUCUUGAGUUCCGUCGAAGGGUCAACGAGAAGACUCGGAUCUCAUCAGAGAAGCUGCGAACAAAGCCAUCAGAGGACUCGGGCGAUGAGGACGGCAACUUGCUUUUCAAGGGUCGCCGGGUGAUGGAACGUAGUGCAAGUACCAAGCACUCGAACGAGAUCUGGUCGUCUAUGCGGAGACGUGGCAAGACGAGUGCGAAUGCGGUUGCUGGCCAGGUGUCUCCCAUGACAGCUCAAGGAGUGCUCCCUCACUAUUCUGGCCAUGCCACCGCUUCUCUGACCCCUGCUAUCGCGAACACAACAUCCAACUCUCGUGGCGCCGGUGCCAAGUUGGGCGAGACGUAUACCAUUCCCUCGACGAACACGGCCGCAGAGAAGCGAGGAGAGAAUAAGCCCCCUACGGACCUCAUUGGGCAGCAGCUUCGCAGCGUCAGUCUCCAUGACAAGAAGCACAUCGGACUUCCUACUCGUUAG